AGUGGUUUGGCUUCCAGGUCUACACCCUGCGAACCACUACUGACCCUUUUGAUUCAACAGUACUCUUACCCAUUAGCUUUUCUUCGUUUUAAUCUGUAAAGGGAAAAGAAGGAACCGUGAUAAAUUUUGUUUCAGUUCUAGUUCUGCUUCCACUCCUUCCCCAACUUUUCCCUGCAAUUUGGGUCUAAUCCAUUCUCUACUUCCCACGUUGCUGCUUUAUUGGAUUGCGGAAUCCCGGUCGAGUGCAAAUACGCUCGAAAAAAUUGGUUUAUUAUCACUCGAUUUUGUUCUGCACUCCAGCUUCGGGAUUUAUUCCUUGUCGAAAGGCUAAUGGCUAUUAUUGGUUUCUGCCAAUUUAUUGGAUCCGAAUAAUAUUUUGCAACGAUUCCGUUGGAUCGAUUUCAUAUCAAUACUUUCAACACUAAUCGUCUCUAAGUGGAAGAUGGGAACCAAGUAUGUCCAGAAGAGUGCCAAGUACAAGACAUCAGUUAAGGAUCCUGGCACGCCGGGCGUUUUGGAAAUGACAGAGCGCAAAUUUGUAUUUAGACCUAGUGACCCCACUUCAGCUUCUAAGCUUGACGUGGAGUUCAGAUUUAUUAAAGGCCAUAAAAACACCAAGGAAGGAUCAAAUAAACCACCAUGGCUUAAUCUCACCAGGGACCAGGGUGGAAGUUACAUUUUUGAGUUUAAAAACUUCUCUGAUCUUCAUGUUUGCCGGGAGUUUGUGGGAAGUGCUCUAGCAAAGUCAGGAGAGGCUCCGCAAGCUCCCUCUGAGAAGCUUGUAGCCACAUUUCCCCAUGAACAACUCAGUAAAUCAGAAAUGGAACUUCGAAUGAGAUGUUUGCAAGAAGAUAGUGAACUGCAGAAACUUCAUAAACAAUUUGUUAUUGGUGGUGUGUUGACCGAAUCUGAGUUUUGGGCAGCAAGGAAGAAAUUACUGGAACGAGACUACUCCACAAAGUCAAAACAGUUGGUUGGUUUCAAGAGUUCAAUGGUUUUGGACACCAAACCAAUGUCUGAUGGUCGGACAAACAAGGUCACAUUUAAUUUGACACCGGAGAUCAAAUAUCAGAUUUUUGCUCUGAAACCAGCUGUUCACCAGGCAUUCCUUAAUCAUGUUCCCAAUAAGAUGUCGGAGAAAGACUUUUGGACAAAAUAUUUUAGAGCAGAAUACCUUCAUAGUACAAAAAAUUCUAUCGCGGCUGCAGCAGAAGCUGCUGAAGAUGAAGAACUUGCCCUUUUUCUGAAGGACGAUGAAAUAUUGGCAGCUGAAACUCGGAAAAAGAUUCGGCGUGUUGAUCCUACAUUGGAUUUGGAAGCUGAUUUAGGAGACGAUUACAUACACCUUCCAGAUCAUGGAAUCUUUCGAGAUGGUGGCAAGGAAAUAACUGAAUCACAUAACGAACAAUGUAGAAGGACUCUGUCACAAGACCUUAAUCGUCAAGGUGCAGUUGUUCUUGAAGGAAGAACUAUAGAUGUAGACUUGGAAGAUCCAAGGACAGUAGCGGAAGCACUUGUGCGGUCCAGACAUGCGGUAGAAGGGAGUGAGAAGCAGAUAGGACUUGAUAGGAUUGCUAGGAUGACAGCGAUUGAGGAUCUUCAAGCACCUCAUAGCUAUCCUUUUGCUCCUCUUUGUAUCAAGGAUCCUCGAGAUUAUUUUGAUGCCCAACAAGCAAAUGCCAUUAAAACAUUGGAUGAUACACGAGCUGGAAUGCAACAAACUAAAUGCAGUUUGAGCACUACAGAAGCAUAUUGCUCUCUGAGGGAAUCCAUAUCUGAGAUCAAAUCUUCUGGAUUGAAUCAUCCCAUAAUUAAACCUGAAGUUGCGCUUAUGGUUUAUAAUGGAUUAACUCAAAAUAUUUCUAGUACCAAAUAUCAACUAGGGAAAAACCCUCAGGAGAGUAUUCUGGAGAGUUUACCAAAUCCUACGAAGGAAGAACUUCUACACCAUUGGAUCUCUAUUCAAGAAUUACUGAGGCACUUUUGGUCGUCCUAUCCAAUUACCACAUCAUAUCUUUAUACCAAAGUGAGCAGAUUAAAGGAUGCCAUGUCAAAAAUCUAUCGACAAUUAGAGGAGAUUAAGGAAACCGUGCAGGCAGAUUUCCGCCACCAAGUAUCUCUUCUAGUUCGCCCAAUGCAUCAGGCCCUGGAUGCUGCAUUUCAACAUCAUGACGCCGACUUGCAGAAGAGAUCAGCAAAGAGCGGAGAAAGGCCCAACGGAUACACAUAGACAAUAUCAUUAUAGACUGAUGCAUUUAUACCGAUGUUCGUUAGCCAAUUCUCCUUAUAAUCCACAAACUAAUUAUUUUUAGAUUUAUAGAAUAAACUAUAGAAUUGGAUUAUUAUAGCUACUCUGACUUUAUAUAUAUUAUGGGAAGCUAUAAGAUGUUUGUCUUCAGUCAUGUUUUUUAUUGAAAUUGAAAUUUUCUUCAA